AUGGCAUCCCAAGAGAUGUUCCAAUCCGCCUUGACCAGCCGGUCGCUCCGUAAUGUCCGCUCGGAACUGGAGUUUCUAGCAGAUGCCUCCGUCAUUACCCCUCAGCAACUUUCGUCCAUGUUGUCACAGCUACCCAAUUCGAGUGAGAGCACACGUCAACUGCCUGUACACUCAGAGCCAUCUCCGGUGCAGCUGCCACCUGCAACUGCCCAAGUCAUACCCCCACCGGCUCCUGUUCAGGCUACACCCUCGCCCGCUCCAUACUCACCUCCUACGGCUCAGUUUGGGAACACUUCGUUGAAUGAGAAGCACCAAGCCCCCGUGAACACGCCCCCGCCUCAGCAAUAUUACUCAAGCCCACCUCCUGCUUACCCGCAGGCGCCAACUGUGCUUUCUGUCGCCUCGGCCCUCUACGCGUACACCCCAACGGAUGCGGGAGACUUGGCUUUGCAGCCGAAUGAUCGCGUCCAGGUUCUAGAGCAUAUGAAUCCUGAUUGGUGGCGUGGUCGCAACGAGCGCACAAACCUCGAGGGUAUCUUCCCUCGCAGCUAUGUCAAUGUCUUGGACGAAAAGGCCCCCCCACAGCCUUCUAACUACGGAAACAUGCCGCUCGAUGUCAGCCAGAGUGGCUCUGGGGCACCUGGCAAACACGGAAAGUUUGAGGAGCACGGCAAGAAGUUUGGCAAGAAGAUGGGUAAUGCUGCAAUCUUCGGUGCUGGUGCUACGAUCGGUUCCAACAUUGUUAAUAGCGUUUUCUAA